UAGAAGUAUAGUAUUACAACAUUAAAUUAUAUCAACUUAAUUUAUUUAUCUAUAAAUCCAAAGGAUCAUCUAUUGUUUAAAUCCAAUUAUUGAUAGCACAAUAAAAAUUUAUGGUAGACCCAAAAUUUAAAUGAUAAGAUUAGAUAUUAAAUGUAACAUGACUUUCUAUGAAUAUGUCUAUUAGAUCCAUUCUUAAAAAAAAAUCACACAUGAAUCAAUGUUGUGACUUCUCUUUUAAUAUAUAAGAUAAAUUCAUAUCCAAAACCAGUUUUAGGUUUUAAAUGAUAUUUAUCAUUGGCACCUUAUAUGAAUGAUCCAUACUAAUUAAUUUUAUAAACAAUGUAGAAAAUUUAACAACUCAACUUAAUACGAAUAAUAUUUUACUUCAAUCCUAUUAUUGAUGUUAUUGGCAGUUGUAGAAAAACCAUAUGUAUCAAAUUAAACAACACAUAAUUAGUAUGGAAAUACAAUAGAAGACAAUAUUUACCGAAUGAUUGGAACUAAACAAAAUAUCAGAGCUGGAACAUAUAAGUAUAGUCAAAAAGAAAUACAGAUUCAUAAACAAAUUAAAUUCAAUUAAUAUAUAUAUAGAAAAAAUCCGGGCGUAGCCCGGUAAAAUCUCUAGUAUUUUUAAUAAACCAACUAAAUUUAAUUUACAGACUAAACAAAUAUCUCUCGCAUAUAUAUUGUUACCUAAAAGUUUGGUUUCCCUUAUUGACAUACAAUAUCUCUUGUAAAUCAAGUUUCACUUACAUAAAAAAUGAAUAUACUGUUUUGAACCCUUUAGCAAUAAUAGGAAUGUAAAUAAAAAAAUAAAUAAAAUAUAUAUAUUCUGUUUUCUUCACGUUCAAAUCACAACUGAAAACAUAUGUUGUUAAUAUUUUUUUAUUAAAUUUAUCCCACUCUGAUCAAACAAUAUAUAUAUAUAUAUAUAUAUAUCUAAUGCCUUUUACUUGGAAAAACGUCAUCAUUCAGAAAAGAACCUAAAUAUGUCUAAUUUUGAGAAUAGGCCCACUUAUUUAUUUCUAAAAGAUUUUAACUAUUUAAUCUGGAAACUUAUGUUAAUUGGCUAUUUCUAAUUUAUACUAUGUUACAUUAAUGGCCCAUUUAUUCACUUACAAAUUAUCUUACAAGUUUGAUCUUUUAAUAUUUUAAUGCCUAAAACAUCAUCUAAAUUGAAAUGAAUGGAAUUUAUAUGUAAAUCUUAUUUGUUUUUUUUUUAAUUUCUAUUCAUGUUUUUAUAUAUUUACAAAUAAUAACAACACUAUUUUAAUAUAUAUUUAUUGAAGCUCUAAAAUAAUUAUAUAUAUAGUGUAUAUUUAUAUCACUAUAUAUGUAAAGUUAUAAAUACUUAUAUAAUUUUAUUUCUUCAUUAUUAUAGAUAAAUAUUUUUACAAAGUACACACACACACAUAUAUAUAGAUUAACAAACAACUAAUGCAAUUGGCUAUUCUAAACUACUCCCUCCGUUUUUUUAUAUAAGUCGUUUUACAGCUAUGCACGUAGAUUAAGAAAAUCAUUAAUUUCUUAUAUUUUCUAAACAAAAACAUCAUUAAUUAUUUACCUAACCACAAUUCAACCAAUAAAAAAAUAAAAGAUAUAUUACCAUUGGUCAUACAACAUUAAUUACUAAUAAAUUUUACAUAGAAAAUCGAAAACGACAUAUAAUUUGGAACAAAAAAAUUUCUCUACAACGACUUAUAUUAAAAAACGGAGGGAGUAUGAAUUACAACAUAUACAUAAUAAGAAUGUGAUGUGUAAACAUCUAUUUAAUUAACAUUGAAGUACAAAAUAAUACUUGCAUAUUUUAAGUGGUUUCUUAGUAAAAUGUCAUUCCUUUUUUAACUAAUUUUAACUACUUUAUUUAUUGUCUUUUAUAAUUAAUUUGAUAUCAUUUAUUACAAAGUAAAAAACAAAGCUUACAUAUUUUAAAGUAUUUGAUUACAUCUUCCUUUUUUCAUUCUUACUAGCUAUUUCAUUGAUUUUAUUUACUAUAAAAAUUUAACACCAUUUAUUUUACGCGUUAACCAUAAUAAUUUUACAAGCAUAAAUGAAAUUGUUCAUGGAAAAUUUAAACCAGUUAACAAAGAAAAAAAUUUCAAACCGGUUACAAUUCUUUUUAUUUACUUAUAAAUUCAGUUAAACAUUGGUAUCCAAGUACUCAUUCGAGUACGAAUCAAUUUUUUGGAUAUAUGGGUUUUUGAGUUUUAAAAUUAAACUAUAUUCGAAUAUUAUAAAUUUGCGGACGAGGUUCGAAUCAGGUCUUUCUAGGUCCGGGUAGUUUCGCAGGAACUUAAAAAUAUUUAAAUAAUCUAUAUGUUUUAAAAUGUCAUUAAACAGUUUAUACAAAAAAAAAAAUCUAAACCCGCGCGGACGUGCGGGUCAAGCUCUAGUUUGUUGUUUAAAAGAGCUAACGCAUCCACACUACGUGCUCGUAUAAGCAAAAAAUUUUAAAUGGUGAUAUAUUUCGAUUGAUCUCAAACCUUACCUUGAAAAUAGAUUUUCCAACUGUUAGUAAGCAUAUUCUGAUUGCAUGAUCAUGUUUCAUUAGACUGUUACCUGGUAUUUUCCUAUGUGUUUUUAUAACAAAUAAAAUAUCAAACAACUAGAAUAAGUAGAGUAAAACCUCCCCAUCUUUGCCUAAAUAUUUAGGGUUGAUUUUGUACACUGAAAUUUUUGGAUGAUAAAGAUAUUGUAUAUCUCAACCAUAUGUAUUACUCAUUACUGCAAACUAGAAUAUGUCUCAAAGAUCAAAGUAAAAGUACAAUAAUAAUAUAUUAGGAACUUGAUUAUAAUUCGAAAGGAAAAGUCAAUGAUCUUAAAGCUAAACAUGUAAUAAUAAAAAUGUAUCACUUGAGAAUAUUUUUUCUUUUGCAACAUUCUAAAGAAAAAUGUAGUUACAAGAUUAUUUUUAAUGUAUUAGGUUUAAUUUUUCUUUUUUUUCUUUUUGUUGAUUUAAACAUAGAAAAAAAAUUAAUAAUCUAUAAAAUAAUACAAGGUAUGGAAGAUUUAUAAUACAUUUUAAAUUGUACUCAGUAUAAAAUUAUAAAUAAGUGUGCAAUAUGAUGUUCUACAACUGAACACAAAUAUGCUUGAAUGUUUUGGUUAAUAUCAAAACAAUAAAAUUUGCUAAAAGAACUGAUUGUUUUUUUGGUUAGAAGUUGGUGGAGAAGUUUCUUAAAAAUAUAUUUCUAAAUUCUCUUAUCAAGGUAGUUCCAUGCAUCCAGAAUUCAACUCUCGAUAUUGAUUCAUUUUUUAAAUCAAUGAGUGUGAUUACUUAAAGAAAGACAUGAGAACGAGAGAAAAGAUGACGAAAUAAUUUUGAAUGAGAAAUAUUUUUACUUUACUUUGUGGAGGGGAACAUUUAUUUAAAUGAUAUUCUUCUUUUUUUCUAAUUUUUACAAGGUGUAUUCUACCGAAAUUUUUAGGUGAUUUGUAUUAAAAUGACAAAUACAUUGUUAUUCAAACAUUAAUUUUAAAGUUAAACUUGGUAUUUCAUGAAGUAGACUGAUAUCUAUUGUUAUUGAACAUGUUUUUAAGUUAUGAAAUUUUAAAAUUUUCAACUGGUUUUAAAAGGUUUGAUUGGAGUUUCUUAGUUAAAAAAAUUAAACUUGAAUCUCAUGGUUUUAGUUUAACAAAAAUCACUUAAAACUUUCAAAUUCAUUGAAAUUAUCUAAAAACUCAUUUAACAUUAAAUCACUUCAAACUUUAUAUUGAAUACACCCUUUUGUGUCAAAAUUUUCCCUCCAAUUUCCUAUUAUUUAUUAUUAACAUAUUAGGUUUUUCGUUUUAUCCAAUCUUGUAAAUCUUUGUUUUAUGCGGUUUGACUUUUCUGUUUUAUGUCUAACAACAUGUUCACAUCUAUAGCUAAUCUUAUACAUUAAAUGUUUACGUAUUCAACAAAUUUUAUACAUUAAACUUUAAUAAAGUUUCAGAAAAAGCUUUUCAUCAAAAAGUGAACGACAAUAUAACAAGAAAAAGAGAUGAGUUUAUUUUUUCUGAAAGCUAAACAAGUAAACAAUAGUAAUAGGCGAACUUUUUUUUAAUAAAUCAUAUCGUAUCAUUUCACAAUCUAAAAUUCUGUUGCAAAAAAAUGUGUUGGGCCCACUUCGAAUUUUCUAAUUUAAAAUGUUUAACAUAAUAAUAUGAGAUAAUAUCAAAAUUUGUUGUUAAAAGGAGCUAACCCUACCCUAGAUCGCCGGACUCCAACAUUAUAUAAUUUGUUGUUUAAAAAGGCUCCAAAUUUCUAAAAAAACUCAAUCAUAAACGUGAAGCAGUCGUCGAAUAUCCGACCAGUGAAGACAGUGGUGGUCCGGGAUCAUCCAAAACCCCUUCGGUAUGCUUACCGGCAAGUUUCCUGAAGGUUUGCGGGUGUUGGUCUAUGAUGAAGAUUUCCAAAAUCUUAUUUCAUUGGAGAAACAUCUCCAAUAUUUUCAAUACAAAGUGACUAUAUGCAACGAAGGGGCAGAUGCCAUGCAUAUGCUGCGCAACCAUAUGAACACGUUCGAUAUUGCUAUCAUAGAAGCACAAAAUUCGGCUGUGGAUAUAUUCAGAUUGAUUUCUGAAAUUGCAUCGGAAAUUGAUCUUCCAAUCAUUAUAACAUCUAAAGACGAUUCAGUACAAUCCGUGAUCAACUGGAUGAAGAUUGGUGUUUGCGACUAUCUUAUUAAACCGAUAAGACCUGAAGAUCUACGUUUUAUUUUCAAACACGUGGUAAAGAAGAUGCAAGUAGGGAAGAGGGUAGAGUCAGAAGAGAAAGCAACCGCCGAGAAGUCAUCCUCUGUGGGAGAUUCCACGAUAAGAAACCCUAACAAGAGGAAAAGAAGUAUGUUCAUUGAUGGACAAGUGGGGGAAAAGGAUCAAGAUCAUGUUCGUGAUUCCACCACCAAGAAAAGGCGAGUAGUGUGGGACAAUGAGCUUAAAAAAAAGUUUCUGGAUGCAAUGGAAGACCUUGGCCCAGAAGCUGUUCCCAAGAAAAUUUUAGAGAGGAUGAAUGUUGUUGGCAUGACUCGAGAAAAUGUAGCCAGCCAUCUCCAGAAACACCGGAUGCUUCUAAAUAGGCAGAAAUCUCACAAUGAGAAAGAUGAGAAGAAACGGUCUUUAUUAUCGCCACAAGGAGGACUGCAUAGUGGAGAAGGAGGCAGCAAUAUUCAAUUCUCAACCCAACAUAUCAGCAACAUUCCUCAUCAACCUUUCAGACAUCAUCCUGAUGGAGUCCCUGUUGUCGUUUCCACUAGGAACCUACUGAUGACUAACCAACAUCACCUUCAAACCUCAGAUUUCACAUCUAUUGAAAACGUAGAAGAGAGUUUGAUUUUUACUGAAGAAGACGCUGAGGUUUCAAACUUGGCUUUCUUGUUCACACAAAAAUCCGAAGAGAUGAGUUUGUCCCACUUACAUGAGCCGGUGAUGGCAACUACAAUGCUUUCCAAUGAUAAUCAGUUGUUUCCCAAUCAACAACAGAUGAUGAACUUUCAUGAACCAUCCAUUUUGCAUACACAUUCGUUUCCUUUAUCUCUCACACCUAGUUCCUUUCUUGAUCAGAAAGAAACCAUAAUGAUGAUGAAUGUAGAUGAAGGACUACAACAAUGGUUACUCAAUGAACAAGAACAGCCUAACCUAACUGAUGAGAAUAGGUUUUCGAGCAUUAAUCCAAGGUAGGGAUCUGCAAGAAGGGAUAUAUGGUUAAGGAUCAGGGCCAAGCAUGAAACCCGAAUUACAAGUAAGAAGAUGAAGUCCGAUCAUAUAGUUUAAUGUUGUUCUUAUUAUUUUCUAGGGCUUAGACUUUAAUAUAUAUUCUAAGUGAUGCUUUCUCUCUUCUCUCUUUUGUAUAUGUUUGUGUUAGCAUGCAUGGAUUGCUUUGGAUGCAUGUCAAACCGUUUACUUUAUUUACGCAAACGGAAUAAGAACUUAAAACUCUUGUCAGUGGUUUCAAUAAAUAUCCUACUCCAGCAGCUAAUAAACAUUGUGGUCGUGCCGUCGUGGUAGAUCAUACCUUAUAACUUUUCUCAAUAACCUUUUUUCCUUUCAAUAUUUUCCCCAUUCCUUUCUAUUUAUCUGCACAUGGAUAAAUUAAAGAGAACAUCUAUAUUCACAUAGAUAAGUUAAAGAGAUAACAUAUUUACAGUCCUGCAUAUAUAUUCAAAUAUAUAAUUAUAUGCAAGCGUCCAUUCAUGUUCAACAGGCAAUAUCUAUCGAUUUGAAACCACCAAAAUAGUUUCAAAUCUAUAUAGAUAACAGAUCAAAACUCCAAAAAAUAUUACCAAAUCAUUUUUUUAAAGAUAUAUUUGAUGUAGCCUACAAAUUCUUAAGGUUGAUUUUUUAAUUUUGCAUAAAAUAUUUUUUAAACACUAUCUAUUUUUAGAGAACUUAGAAGCAAGAGAAAAUCUAGACUGCUAAAACAAACGAACUAGCCGACUGUUUUUGAGAGAUACAUAACGAGCGCCAUCUAUGCAGUAAAGUGAACAACUCUUAUAAAAAAACUCCUAAUAAAAUUGUAAAGGCGUGACAUAUCUCAAGAUUUCUUUUAUUUUUUCCGUAAUCUAAUAAGUAACACUCAUUCAACCAAUGACCAUAAGAUGAAAAGACGUAUAUGUUUUGAAUAUAUCAAACUGCUAACAAAAUACAAAAUUACAGGCUCAUUGAGCGUAACUCUCUAAUAUUUCUUUUCAUGCAACGUAAAACAAAACAAAGAUAAGUGUGCAAAACAAAAAUAUCAUAUUUAUUUUCAAUAAAAACAAUCUCAAACGUGACACAUAAAUAUUUGACACAAAUCAUUCAUUCUUUGGAUUUGUCUAAAUUUAAAGGGUUGACGAUCUAUUUCCCCCUGAGAAGUAUCAUAUAUCACUAGAUACACACAGACUUUUGAUCCCGUUCUAUUUCCCCACAAAAUAAAAAUUCGAAUCCUAUAUUCCCCCAAUUCGAAAGAUCGAGUUCUUUUUCCCCAUACCGUCGAAUCCUAUAUUCCCCCAAUUCGAAUCCUACAUUCUCUUUUAUUUUGUGGAGAAAUAGAACGGGGUCAAAAGUCUGUGUGUACCCAAAUUUAAAAAAUCGUAAACUUAUUAGAGCAUCAGCAGUGGGAGUUUCUUCCCUUCAUCUCUUGGUAAAAAACUAUUUUAAUAAUGCAAAAAAAAAAGAGAAUGUAGAAAAGAUGAAAGUGAUCCCUCAGAGAAGAGAUUUUGAACAAUUUUAAAGACUCUUAUGCCAAGUGUCUUUAUUUCAUUAAUACAUAACAUUAAAAAUAAAUACAAAACCAAAGAAAAAGAAAAUAUUAAUAUAAUAAAAAUCAGAGGCUCAUUUUAAGAAUCAAUCCAUUGCUGAUGCUCUUACAUAUCCGGGUAUCGAUUAUAGCAUAUCAAACCUUUCGUGUAGACAUCCAGUCAUGGAGUUCUGCCAUGUUGUUUUAUCCAUGAUGAGAUUGCCGAAAAUUUCUUGAAGAAAUGCUUGCUCAUCUCCAAGAUUAAUGGACGCUACAACAAACCAUCAUAUAAUACUAAAUAAAAAAAUGAUAUGGCCUUCUAAGCCAAGUGAAAUAAUAUUUAAUAAUAUUCUCAAAUUCUCUGAAACUUUUUUAUUGAGAUGUGUUCAUCUCCAUAGUAAGUCGGACGCUAACAAACCAAAAUAAAAAUUGACAGGGUUUUCUACGCAAGCUAAAAAUUAGUUCAUAGAUAACAAAUGAACAUUUCAAAAACAUUUGUUAACAAAUGAACAUCUCAAACCAAAAUAAAAAUUGACAGGGUUUUCUACGCAAGCUAAAACAAAAGCAAGGCAACCUAUUAACGAUAGCUUAAUGAUCAAUUUUCUUGUUGAUCAAGGUCACCUAUCGAUCUAUAUUGGACCCUUUUCGAGCAUGCGAAAUUUACAUGGAGACUGAAAAUUCCGCAGACUUUAAUUCGACAUGGGACCUUUCGCUUAAAAACAAAAACAAAAACAAAAACAAAAACAAAAACAAAAACAAAAACAAAAACAAAAAAAACAAAAGUAACCAUUGAGAUUGAAAAACGAACUCGAACUUAGUGGAAGAAGUGAGAGAGUUCAAAAGAAAACUGUGUAAAGAUAGAAUGCCGCAUUAAGGGUUUAUAUAGAAAUCCUCAUAGGAAGUGAAAACCGUGUAAAGAUUCUCGAAGAGUUUGAAAUUAUUAAAAUAUUCUUGAGAGAUCUUUCUCUAGAUUUUUUAUUUAUCUUAUGGUUAUGGGAUUAAACAAGUUUGAAUCAGUAAACACUAAUAAUAAUAAUCUAAAUAUAAUUUUAUGCUAAGCCACAAAAUAUGUGGCUAAAUAAUUAACAUGGAAAUAUUUUGUGGGUAAAUGAUCGUUACAUAAUCCGUUGUCAUCGUAUGGAUUAGCAAAACUCACUAUUCUGUAGCCAAAUAAACGAUCAUUACAAUUUUCUUUUGGAUAAAAAAGGCCAGCUCAUUAACCCAUUUACUCAUUAGAAGGAGCAGAUUCGAAUUCCAUACGAAUGAGAUGUGGCGGCGAUAUUUGAUGGAACUUGAUAACUUAUGUUUGGGAUUAAACCACAAACAUUUCUCAAUGAUAAAACAAUGUUCCUCGUCUGUUUAGCUGCGAUUCAACGACACUAAAUGGGAUCAACAGAAGUUGGUAAGACAAACGCCUUUAACUCCGAAGAAAGACGGUGACAAAGGGGGUGAUUGGUAGUUGCUGUAGGUGCUGUCCACAGCCCUAUUUAUUUCCACAGCACCAAAUUCAGAGCAAUCAAGCUUUAAAUUUUUUUUUGAAACCACAGCUCUUAAAAUAUCCUACAACUGUACAAGUGCUCUGCAGAGCCAAAUAUCCAAAGCAAUUUUUUAGUGCUUCAAUAAAAUUCUACAACAAUAAAAUCUAAAGCCACAGCAAAAAGUCUACAGAUUUUUUUCUACAGCAAAAUAUUUAAAGCUACAGCCAUUACCAAUCGGACCCAAAAGAGUAAACGAAUCAGAUAAUAAAAAGCUAGCCAAACAAAAAAAUUACAACGUUUGUAUUUCAAACAGCUCAAGCCACAUUGGGUAAAACAUUUUCAUUUUACAGAACAUAUUAAUCAAUCAAGAAAUCAAGAACUUAUAUUAUAUAUAUUAUAGAAGUGUAAAAUUCUUAACUUCUCUUGCUUUAGUUCAAGGAAUAGUUCACCUGAACUCAGCAAGAAUACAAAACCAAAUGCUCAGCUCUUAACAAAGAAGAGGGUAGGGUGUGGUUUUACUACUACUCAAAACAAAGUAAACGACCCUAUCUAACGGUAUAACAACUACCUUAGCCAAUUAAAGCUAUACCUCAAUUUUACACAUUACGAUACUAUAUAUUGAAACCAAGUAUUCUUGAGAUAGACCGUUGAUCUUUGUUUCACUGCCUCAACGAUUGCUUUUGGUUAACUGCCACCACAUAAACAGUUUACUCUCUUUGUUUUUGGUGUUCAUAUAUUAACGGUCUGUAGGUUUUACGGAUUAAAAACGAAGGUCGCGUAUAUAAAACUGUUCUUGGUCUCAGGCUCAGCGAAACAAAGGGGAAUCAACAUUACUUUUAUAAAUAGUCUAGCCUGUUAUAGAAAAACGGAAAGAUAUGUGGUGGAGAAAAGCUGGCCAUUAAAUUUUAUUUUAUUGCAUGUGUAUUUCGAAUUUCCAACGGUGCACAUUAGACAAUAAUUGAAAUAGUAUAUUGUCUGAUUUAACGACAAUCACAUGUUACAAUGAUUAAACAGAUACUAGUGGCCGUGAGUUUAGCUGAUUAAUAGAUACUGUUACAGUAAAUGUCUGACUAUAAACUCUAUUAGACGAUGUUAUGAACGACAGAAUUAGUUAAUUAGCACGAGUUGAGAUAAGAAAUUUGCUUUCUCAGCGUUAAUAAAGCUCAACCGACAAAAUAAUGCUAAGAUGAACUAAUAAGUUGAGUGUAAACCAUUUAAAGAGCAAUACAUCAACCAUACAGUACAUGAAAAGAGAUAAAUAACGCAUAGAAAGUAACAAUGCUUGUUGACAAAAAAAAAAAAAA